AUGAAUCCGAUGGAGAUGCGCUUCGACGGAACUAACUGGACAUCCGUCGUCUUGAUUGUCAAGCGCUUCGACGGAACUAACUGGACAUCCGUCGUCUUGAUUGUCAAGCGCUUCGACGGAACUAACUGGACAUCCGUCGUCUUGAUUGUCAAGAUUAUCUAUGGGAACGGUGCUCAACCGUAG